AUGGAUUUGCCCGAGGUGCCAGAAGGUGUCUCCACCGUCACCGAGCGGUGCCUGCUGCGGCGGCAUGAGCUGCAGCACGCCUGGCGCAACUCCUGCUUCCACCUGACCCCCGCGGCGUUUGAGGCGGCAGGAAAGAAAGGCACUGGCCCCACGCCCAUGCAGGAGCUGACCCAGAUCCUCACCCUGGAUCCCCGCUACUUCCCCCAGGAGCUCUUUGGAGCCAAAGAUACAAAGGCCAGCCGGGGCAACCAAGCCGGCAUGUGGGCUGCCGCCGCCGCCCGGAGACAGAGAGGGGAGGUGGAUGAGCUGGGGGCCCUGGAGGCCCUGGCGGCCGCUGAGUCGCGAUCCAGAGUGGCCGGCGGGGACGUCGCCAAUGGGGUCCGACCGGCCGAGGACGGCGAGGACGAGGCGGAGGCGGCCAUCGACGAGGAAGACGAGGAUGUCGGCGAGGAGGAGGACGAUUACUAUGUGAGUGCCUGA